UUCUUAUUUUACGAUCAAUAUAUCUGCCAGCGUUCGAGUCAUGCAUAUCAACUGCGUGCUCAUUCUGCUGACAGAUAAUUCGCGGUCAUAGACAGACACUGCAUAAUACUCAAGGUUAAGUUGGAAGGGACAUAUAUAAGCAUGUCAUCUAAAAGGAUGUAUCUCUCUGGUGCCCAAAAACGGAAAAAGAAAAGGACAGAAGAUGAGAAAAAAGAGCAAGAUAAAGGAACACUGUUGAAGUAUUUUGGAGCACAACCAACUGUACCUGCCCCCGAUGUGUCAUCAAGUGUAAGUGCCUCCACAGCUGAUGAUACAGCAGGUUCACCCCCAGCAGACUUACAGUCACCUGAAAGUGAGGAAGAACUUUUACCCAUUGAGGAACAGUUACCAGCAUUGACAGUCACUGAUACACCGACUUCAACCUCUGCCGGCAUAACAGGUCCUUCUACAGCAUCCACUGCUAUGGAUGUCCCAUCCACUCCCUCAACAAGCACUAGCUAUCAAGGUGUAUCAACAGCUCCUCCAAUUGACCCAGCUGAAUGGUCAGCCGGCAUGACAGGUCCUUCUACAGCAUCCACUGCUAUGGAUGUCCCAUCCACUCCCUCAACAAGAUUCAAGAUUCAAGAUAAUUUAUUGUCAUUUCAGCCAUAUACACAGUAUACAGUGAAAUGAAAUAGCGUUUCCCAAGAACAUAAGGUGCAACAUAGAGCGACAAUAAUAACAAAAAAUCAACAACAACAACAACAACAACAUGCUACAUAUAACUGCAAACCAGUAAAGUGACUGUGUGGAAUUUGUAGUGCGGGAAUAUAAAUAUAAAUAUGACUAUGUGUCUGAGUAGUGCGGGAAUAUAAAUAUGAAUAUAAUAAAUAUGAAUAUAAAGCAAUAGUGCAAUAGUGCAUAAACCAAGGGUAACAGAGAUGAUCAGAUCUGUCCCUUAGAGUUGAGGAGUCGGAUGGCCUGGGGGAAGAAGCUGUACUGUAGUCUGGUUGUGGCGGACCGGAUGCUCCGGUACCUUCUGCCAGACGGAAGGGGGGAGAAGAAUUUGUGUGAGGGGUGGGAGGGGUCAUCCACAAUGCUGGUUGCCUUGCGGAUGCAACGAGUGGUGUAAAUGUCUGAGAUGGUGGGGAGAGAGACGCCGAUGAUCUUCUCAGCUGUCCUCACUACGCGCUGCAGGUUCUUGCGGUCAAGUUUGGUGCAGUUUCCGAACCAGGCAGUGAUGCAGCUACCCAGGAUGCUCUCUAUGGUCCCUCUGUAAAAAGUGGUGAGAAUGGGGGGUGGGAGGUGGGCUCUCUUCAGCCUUCUCAGGAAGUGGAGGCGCUGCUGGGCUUUCUUAACCGUGGAGCCGGUGUUGAGGGACCAGGUUAAGCUCUCGGCCAGGUGGACACCAAGGAAUUUGGUGUUCUUCACGAUCUCCACCGGGGAGCCAUCAACGUCCAGCGGCUCGUGGUCCCUCUGUGCUCUCCUGAAGUCAACAACAAUCUCUUUGGUUUUGUCUACGUUCAGGGACAGGUUGUUGACUUUGCACCAGGUUAGCAGUUGUUUCACCUCCUCUCUAUAAGCUGACUCGUCGUUCUUUUCUAUCAGACCCACCACGGUCGUAUCGUCGGCGAACUUGAUGAUGUGAUUCGAGCCGUGUAGCGCCGUGCAGUCGUGCGUCAGUAGUGUGAACAGCAGUGGACUGAGCACACAGCCUUGAGGGGCCCCUGUGCUCAGAGUGGUGGUGUUGGAGGUGUUUUUCCCGAUCCGGACUGUCUGGGGUCUCCCCGUCAGAAAGUCCAAGAUCCAGUUGCAGAGGGAGAUGUUCAGGCCCAGCAAGCCCAGCUUCAUGAUCAGGUGCUGGGGGACGAUUGUGUUGAAUGCUGAACUGAAG